CUCACGAGGAAACGCUUCGAUUCGGCUUUUUAUGCUUUAAUGAAGUUGAUGUUAUUCUGCGAUCUGAUUGGAUGGGUCUCACACUGUGCUGCUUGCUGAAGAACGGCGGUCCUAUAAAACACCAUAAAUCCCGAUCAGCAUUCUGUCCGUUUUCUGUAGCCCCGCCCAUCCGCCUGGCGGUGCUUUUAGACACGCCCCCCGUCGCCCCUGGAAACCCGCGGUCGCAGUGGAGCCCCACCUACCUGUCGCCCAAUCUGAAGGUGUGUCCGUCGGGUGGGCGUGUCUCUCGCGCCCGUGUGGAGCAGAGCAGUGAUGCGGUCCGUGGCGUGGUCGGCACGGCGACGGGGCUCCAUAUAUGGGAGGUGCUGUGGGAGGAGCAACAGAGAGGAAGCCACGCCCUACUGGGUGUGUCCACACACAAAUGCACCCUUCAGGCCUCGGGCUACACGGCGGUAAUAGGAGGAGACUCGUGUUCCUGGGGCUGGGAUCUCUCGACCAAUCAGCUUUGGCAUGAUGGGAGGGCGGGGAGGCGGUACCCUGGGGGCGGAGCCAGGGGCAUCUUAAGUGUUCCAGAUCGUGUGUUAGUGGUGGUGGACGCAGACGCAGGGACGCUGGGAUACGUGGUGGACGACUGCUAUCUGGGCGUCGCCUUCCAGGACCUCCCCAAAGGGGCGGAGCUUUUCCCUGCGGUGAGCUGCGUUUGGGGAGGAGCUCAAAUCUGCAUACGCUACCUGUGUGGCAUGACACGAGACCCACCUGCUCUGGAGGCUCUGAGCCGGUUAUCUGUGCGGAGGGCCCUCGGAGGGGCCGGGCCCCGGAGCCGGACGCUGUCCUUCCCGUCUGCUCUACAGCGCCUCCUGCUGGACUCACACAGCACAAACACUGCAGAGGAAGAGCAGUGACACUGCACAUCACAACACAGCUUUACUGUCUUUACUUAAAGCUUUUUUUCAUUUGGGUGUUUUUCUAAUUUAUGUUAAA